AUGGACGCCAGUUGCGGUCCUUCUAGCGCAUUAUCGCAGCUACUGAAACAUACCCAAAGAGAUAAUUCGCUUCAGCAUGAGGCUAUACGUCCGGGCGUACCUCUGAAUGCCGGUCCUGUGUUUAGAAACCAGCCAGGUACCGAUGCCGCCCUUAAUCGGGAUUUCCACCAGUUUAGUCAAGGUACAGACUACAACACAUUUCAGGCUGCACCAACACAAUUUCUUGCGGAUCGCACGGGGCGGCCGGGUCAUGCGCAUCCCCCGGCAAUGAAUAUGCAAGCGCCGAAUCAGCAGUGGGUGCAGGACUUCAAUGGAUUGUCGUUGAACCAGUCUGGUCCCCAGAGUCAACUCAAUCACAACGGCCAACCGCUAACGCUGAAUUGGUCGCUGCAGUUUAUGCAGCAUGCAAAACAGAACCACAUGGGCCAGACAGGGCACUUAAGUCAGAUGGGUCAACAGGGAACGACGUAUAUGCAACAGCCGAUGAUGUUCAACCAGGCACAUCUGCAGAUGCAACAGAUGGAACAAGUGCCACAGAUGCAGCCACUGCAAAAUCAAGUUGCAGAAAUGGACCCGAAUGCAUUCGAGGCACAAUUCGAUCAGAUUUCAAGAGAGUUGGAGGACGUAGAGCAGCCUCAGAUCCAUUCCAAGGACGACACUGAAAAAGAACGCUUUGCCGAGGCUGCACGGAAAGUGCAGAGCCAUAUGACAUCCUCCUCGCCGCUCAUUUCGACAGAAACCGCCACGAAGUUCCAGCAGUCAAACUUUCUCAAGUUGAUGUCGCAGAUCUCCAACAGAGAGGUCGAGGUUUCCGACGACGGCGCCAAGCUCGUCGCAAAAGAGUCCGGGGCAGAUGUCCGAGAUUAUCUCAGCGAUCCGCUCAAAGACGUCCGCGAGGCUGACCAGGGUAGCUCGGUGAACAUGGCGCCGGCCAUGCCACAGGUACAACCUACUCAACCCGCCGAAGGAACGAUUACCAACGAAUCUGCACAUGUGCGCAGCCAUCUUCCAGAUCCCUUGGCGCACAUCCGAGAUGGAGAGCUUCUGGGCGAUUUUUCGGCGUUGCAAGCAGCCAGAGUGAUCAGUGGUGGGCAGGUCAACCGAGACGACUGGAUGGAAGACUUGAGCUGGGAGCCUAGAGAGCCAACUCGUCCUCGCCGCGGGCUAUUGAAUCCGGCAGAGCAAGAGGUUUACGAUGACUACAGAAACGACGACGACUUUCAUUGA